AUGGCGGCGCCCUGCGGCUGCUCGGCUCUCCUGGCUGCUUUAGCGCUGUUUGCGGCGGUAUUAGCGGUUCUUUAUGCGGCAGACAUGGAUGUACCGGGUACGGUGGUGUGUUUGGCGGCUGUGGCCGGGCUGCUGUUGCCACUGUGGGGCUUCAGGCUGCGGCAGCGGAACGGAGGGACGGAGCGGCGGGUGUGUGUGCUGGUGCUGGGGGACAUCGGUCGCAGUCCUCGGAUGCAGUAUCACGCCUUGUCGCUCAGCAGACACGGAUAUCAGGUCACUUUUGUCGGGUUUUUAGACUCCAAACCUCAUCAGGACGUCCUGAAUGAGGAGAAAAUCAGGAUUCUUUCCAUUGCGGAGGUGAAAGGUGUUCGAGCGGGACCCAAAGUCCUCACAUACGUGUCGAAGGUGGUUCUUCAGUCGCUGCAGCUUCUGUUUGUGCUGCUGACGAUGGAGCUGCAGUCUCAGAUUCUGAUGCAGAAUCCUCCUGGCCUUCCCGGCAUCGCCGUGGCCUGGUUCGUGUCUGUCCUCCGCGGCAGCCGAUUGGUCAUCGACUGGCACAACUACGGCUUCACCAUCAUGGCGCUGAGCCACGGUCCGACUCAUCCUGUGGUUCGACUCGCUAAGUGGUACGAACACUUCUUCGGCCCUCUGGCAACCAGCAACCUGUGUGUCACCAACGCCAUGAAGGAGGACUUACAGAAAAACUGGGGCAUCAGGGCGACGACACUUUACGACCGACCGCCGUCCAUCUUCAGAGAGAUGCCGCUGAAGCUGCAGCACGGACUCUUCAUGAGGCUGGCCGACGUUUAUCCUCAGUUUCAGGACAGUGGGUCUGACGAUGUGGAGCUGGAGAAGUCUGUUUUCUCAGUCCGUGAUGCUGCUGACGGUGCCGUGACACUGAGGACGAACCGGCCAGCGCUUCUGAUCAGCAGCACCAGCUGGACGGAGGAUGAAGAUUUCUCCAUCCUGCUGAAAGCUCUUCAAGAUUAUGAAGGUUUCGUUAAAGGAGGAGCUUCGUUACCGUCUUUAGUCUGUGUGAUCACAGGUAAAGGUCCUCAGAAGGAACAUUACAAGAAAAUCAUCGACUCUCUACGUUUGGAUCACGUUAAGAUCUGCACUCCGUGGCUGGAGGCUGAAGAUUAUCCCGUCCUAUUAGGUUCUGCAGAUUUGGGUGUUUGUCUCCACAAAUCGUCCAGCGGACUCGAUCUGCCCAUGAAGGUGGUCGACAUGUUCGGCUGCUGCCUCCCCGUCUGCGCCAUCAGCUUCAAAUGUUUACAUGAGCUGGUGAAGCACGAAGAGAACGGACUGAUCUUCAGAGACUCUGCAGAACUCGCUCAGCAACUGCAGUCCCUCCUGUCAGAUUUUCCCAGUUCAGACGGCAGACUGGGAGCCUUCAGGAGGAACCUCCGCACCAGCAGGGGGCAGCGCUGGGACGACAACUGGGACCAGAACGUUCUGCCCCUGAUCAGUUCAAGAUGAACCCAAUCAGGAACGCUGCUACAGAGCUAGUUUUUUCCCAGUGGUUGUUUGUGGUACUGCAACAAAAAAAAAACUGCAGCGACAUCUGCAACACUACAAAACCAGGUCGGUUAUAUUUAUGAAAUGUGCAGUGGAUCAAACAGCAUUGACGCAAAAUCAAAAGCAGGGAAAAUGUUACGGCUCAUUCCUCAUCUCGGAGUCCAAUUUUAUUAUUACGUCAACGUGAUGAACACUGAAGUCACAGCAGGAGAGUUUGAAGGACCAACACUCAUGUUUGUUUGUUUUUUUUAAGAUAAUACAUUUAAAUUCUAGAGGAAGUAAAUGUACCCUGAUGUGCAAAACACAACAAUGAUAUUUUAGUAAAUACGACAAUAAAACAGAAAACACAACUUUUUACACAACAUGACAAAAAAAAAAAAAUGAAAACACCUGAACACAUUUUAGAAAACUAUUUUGGAAACACAACAAAAGUUUACAAAUUGUUUUCGUGUUUUUUGAAAUGUUAUGUUAUUGUCCAUUCUGGUGAUGUUGUGUUUUGCACCUCAGGGCCACCGUGUACCUCUUCUUAUUUACUAAGUCUGGAUGACGUGUGGAGUCAUGCAGGAAGCGAAACGUCUGAUAACUUCAGACUCUUUCAAGGAAACAUCAACAAACUCAGCCAUGAACACUCACGAGAUAAAAACUUUGUGUCGGGGAACUUUUUGUCUUUCCAUUCCCGCAGCUUCACUUGAAUGUACAAAAGACACUUUGAUACGAUGUACAAUUGUAAAUAAAACCUUUAUUGUACUAAA